AUGGUAAAACUGGGGAGUCAUCUUCAGGACAAAGGGGCCAAAGCGGCGAGCGUGGAGGACGGCUUCCAAAACGUGCCCCUUAUCACUCCUCUAGAUGUGGGCAGCCUGCAGAGUCAAGCCCCUGACAAGGUUGUGGUGAAAACCCGCACCGAGUACCAGACGGAGAAGAAGAAGAUGAAGGUUCCCAAAGUGGAGGAGUUCACCAUCAGCUUCACCGACGGUGUGUCUGAGAGACUUAAGGUCACCAUCCUGAUCAUCUUGGCCUUAGCCUUCCUUGCCUGCAUUGUGUUCCUGGUGGUUUAUAAAGCCUUCACCUAUGACCACGCCUGCCCAGAUGGAUUCCUCUACAAGCACAAGCGCUGCAUUCCAGCUUCACUGGAGGCUUAUUAUGCCGCACAGGACGCCAACGCCAGGGGCCGCUUCUACACAGUGAUCAGCCACUACAGCAUGGCCAAGCAGACCACCUCGCACUCCGUAUCCCCCUGGUUGCCCGGGGGGGCUGCGGGGAAGCCGCACGAUGGCAAGCCCCCACAUGGCGGCGACGACGCCCACUGA